AUGUCGGACGGCACGGCGGACAGUCCCUCGGGGCUUCAGCGCCAGAAGCCGCCGUUGCAGGGGUCAUCGGGGCUGUACCACCGGAGCGUGAGCGUACCGACCGGACCGGGAGGACCCUUAUCCCCGCCGGAGCCAUCGCGCCCACGCCAUGGCCCCUUCCAGAGACAGGCCUCCUUGGCUCAGUCCAUCCGAAGGGGGACGGCUGUGUGGUUCGGGGUGGACAAGGAGGGCGGCCCUGUGUCGCGCCAGCAGCGAUGGCACCAGCGGAGCCUCCGCCACUGCAGCCAACGCUACGGACGCCUCAAGCCGGAGGUGCUGCGCGACCUGGAGCAGCCGAGCGGCAGCGAGCUGGGUUCCUUCGGCGGCAUGGAAGUUCCCGCGCAGCAGAUGCAGCGCAUGCACAGGGUGGUGGACCCGCUGGCGCGAGGCCGUCAGUUCCGAGCGCCGGACGCGGAGUCGGAGGGCCUGCACGUGCCGUUCACCCCGCGCACCCCGCUGUCGCCCCGCACGCCGGGAGGCAUUUCCCACGCCUCCUUCACCAGCUCGCGCUCCGCUAUCGGCCGCAUGCCCACGCGGCGCAAGCGCGAGUCCGUCGCCAAGAUGAGCUUCAGGGCUGCGGCGCUGCUCGUGCGGGGCCGCUCGCUGAGGGAGGCCAACCUCCUGCGGCCCCAGCUUGGCCGCCAAAGCUUCCCCAAGGCGAGCUUUGCCGAAGACGACACGGCCGACGAAGACCCAGACACCUCCUUCUUUAGCAAGUACGGCGCGUUUUACGAGGACGUCACCCUGCCAGACGAGGUGUUCGAGUCUCCGCCCGACUCGGCCGUUCCCCAGGGGGCUCCCGCGGGUGCCCUCCCCAGCGCAGACGCGGCCAAGCAGGCGGUCAAGCCGCCCGUCCUGCCCAUGGCUGUGGGCUGGCGUAAGGAAACUCCGGGCGGAAAAAGUUUUACAAAACUUGGCGUCGGCGACCCUUCUCACCGCUUGCAGCAAGAUGUUGUACCGGGCCUCGCUUUCCAGGCGAAACGCGGCCACAAGCUGGACCCGAAGCUGCGCCGCCUGGUGCAGCGCAGCGCCAAGCGCAAGUACGGCCUGGGCGUCGUGGGAAAAUGGCUCAACCGCAAGUACCGCACCCGGCGGCUGGACAGCUACGUGCAGCGCCAGAUCGACGACAUGGUUGACCACCGGCCGUAUUUCACCUACUGGCUGACGUCCGUGCACGUGCUCAUCACGCUGCUCUCCGUGUGCAUCUACGGCAUCGCCCCCAUCGGCUUCGCGCAGCACGAGGAGCAGGAGAGCGUGUUGAGGAACAAGGGCGUGUACGAGAUCGUAAAGUACGUGCAGCAGGAGAACUUCUGGAUCGGCCCCAGCUCGGACGAUCUCAUCCACCUGGGCGCCAAGUUCUCCCCGUGCAUGCGGAGAGACGCUCAGGUGAGCGCUCGCAUCGCCCAGGAGCGCAGCCGCGAGAACGUCACCGGCUGCUGCGUCCGCAACGACGGCUCGGGCUGCGUGCAGAUGGUGCGAGAAGACUGCUCGGAGACGCUUUCCACGUGGAUUAAGUGGCCCAGGUACAACCCUCCGGCGCUGCAGGGAAGCCCCCGCACGUCCGGCGCCGUGUGUGGACAGCAACCAGAACUGUGUGAGGAACCAGCCUCGACUCCACCGCACGAAUGGCCUGAUGACAUCACCAAGUGGCCUAUCUGCACUAAGAAGUCGGGCGCGAACAGGACAAGCGUCACGCACAUGGACUGCACGGUGACCGGCCACCCUUGCUGCAUCGGAACCAAGGGCAGCUGUGAGAUCACAUCGCGCGAGUACUGCGUUUUCAUGCAUGGACAUUUCCACGAAUCGGCGACGCUCUGCUCCCAGGUGCACUGCAUGGAUGAUGUGUGUGGACUCCUGCCCUUCCUCAACCCCGAGGUCCCAGACCAGUUCUACAGACUCUGGCUCUCGCUCUUCCUGCACGCCGGGGUGCUGCACUGUUUGGUGUCGGCGGUCUUCCAGAUGACGGUGAUGCGUGACCUGGAGAAGCUGGGCGGCUGGGCGCGCAUCGCCAUUAUCUACCUGCUCAGCGGCAUCACCGGCAACCUCGCCUCGGCCGUCUUCGUGCCGUACCGAGCCGAGGUGGGUCCAGCCGGUGCCCAGUUCGGCCUGCUGGCGUGCCUCUUCGUGGAGCUGCUGCAGAGCUGGCAGCUGUUGGCGAGUCCCGGUUGGGCGCUGGCGAAGCUGCUCGCCAUCCUCGUCAUCCUGCUGGCGUUCGGCCUGCUGCCGUGGAUCGACAACUUUGCGCAGAUGUCCGGCUUCGUGGCGGGCCUGCUGCUGUCCUUCACCUUCCUGCCGUACAUAGCGUUCGGGCGCGCCGACCGCUACCGCAAGCGCGUGCAGAUCAUCGGCUCUGCGCUCGCUUUCGCCGGCCUCUUCGCAGGCCUGAUCCUCGCCUUCUACAUCUACCCCAUAAACUGCACCUGGUGCGAAUACCUCACCUGCAUCCCCUUCACCGACGAGUUCUGCGAGAAGUACGAACUGGAAGGGCACAUCCACUAGGCCGGCCGGCAACGCCCGCGGCCGUCGCGAACCUCUCGCGUUUUCGCCGGAGCGCGAUGGGGCGUCACGAUUUUUACCGUCAUCUUUGCCGUUACGGCGGAGGAGGAGGCGUCCACCAGGAGUCGGGGAGGGGGGCGACAGCCGACGAUGUCGUGCAAGGAGGGCGCCGGUUUCUUCCCGUCACGGAGGCAGACGCGCUGCUGCGUUUGUCUUCGCCGCCGCUACCGGAGUGUAGCCGCAACUCAAACUAAAACUACGAAACUGUGUUUUAUUUUAGCAGCUCUAGGGCGCACCGAGCUAUGUAGCCGUUUUUUUUUUUCAGAAGGGACCUCGCCACGAAUUAUAGCCUAAGGAAGUGUGUUUUUGUUGUUGUUGUUUUCGCGUGGACAUUUAUAGCAGCCAAAUACUCUGAAACGCGUUUGUAUGUUAGUUCUAAAUGUGGAAGGGAAAAGCGGAGGAGCCUCAGGAAAUCCACGCGACCACGUGGAGAGAGAGAGAGAGAACACGCAAACUCCAAACAUACAGCAGGUGUCGGGGUCGAAGCCACGACCUCCUGCAUACCAGGCGAGGUAGUUAACAUCUAAACAGAAUUGCGUCUACCAUGAGAUCAGUCACCGAUUUCCAUCCGGAGGAUCCGUACUCGCCAAAUCAUUAUCCUCGCUGCAAUCGGCGGCGCCACAUUUUUUUUUCGUUUCAAAAGUUUGAAACAAACAAAAUAACUCGCAAACAAUCCACAGAUGCCGUGCGUCAAAUUCCAGCGAGUCUUACGGAAGCAGCAACGACUCAAGGUGUCACCUGCUCCCCCCCCCCAUGUGAAUUUCAACUUUCAAGGGGCUCUUCCAUGCAGGGCAUUCAUUGCAGGGUAUCCAUUGGCGGCAAGGUGAUGCCGAGUGUGGUUGCGCCGACGGCUGUACGCGUCGGAGGUAGGGGGGGCGCACACUGGAUUUUGUUGAAAUAAUUUACUGUACCGGGCAGCGGGUGUCAGAUGCUGUCGAAAUUCACUCCAGCCCGAAAUUGAGCCGCCGAUGACUUUUGUGGUCGGGGGGCGGGGGGGAGCACAUGACCGCGGGGCGUGGCUGUCGAAUCGCUGUCGAUUUUUGCCACGUGGAGCGAUCCGCGACCGUGUGCUGUCUUGCCGUGUAAUUGCGUCGCAUGCUUCGGUGUGAAAAUCGCGCGGCAGUUUAAAAAAAAAAAUGGCCCCGUGGCGCGGAUUUAGUUGUAACGAAAUCAGUGGAUAUAUAUUCACUGCCGACAAUUGUUUCUUAUUAUUUUUCGGUCAUAUAUUUUUUCAUCUUCGUUAUUUUCGUCAAAAGUCACCGAAGCGUCGUCGACGACGACGACGACUUUGGGAGCCGGCAAACCGAGUGCCACCGGCGCGUGUGACCCGACCGUGACAAGACCAGACUUAGGAGCCUGAAUGAUAAAGACGCAGCCUUUAGAUUACACUGGUCAACACACUUUUUCUGGUCUUAGGUGCUGAUUCCAAAUCUGGCAUCAGUUUUUGUCCAUCACAUCAGGUUUUUGAGAUAUCAAAUAUUACAUUUUCAAUAAAAACUGCAGAAGUAAAAAAUUAAAUAAAUGUGGAUAUCUACAUAAACUGAUAUUAUAAACACACUAUCCUAAAAAUACAGCACCGUAUUUUAGCACUAAAGCAGUCACUGACUCGCAACAAUUUGCAAUCAUAAGUGACAGAGUUAACUUCGGGUAAAAUCAAUGAAAACGGGGUAUGCCGAUAGCAUAAAAAUGAGAUGUGAUAGAGCAAAUCUGAGAUCAGAUUUGGAAUCAGCACCCUGAAAUUAGUCUAGAUCAGCUGCAAAAGUCCAGGCCAGAAUUUUUUUUUGUUGUUGACCAGUGUUAUUUGAUGUUGCCAGAGGCCGCCACAGUGAGCCGAUGAAGACCCAAACAAGUCGAUUAACUUUGUAUUUUAAACAAUUUACUGAGCUCACCACGCUGGCGAGAUGUUUAUCUCCCUCGCGUGGUAUACAGGAGUUCGUGGGUUCCAUCCUGAGCCUUGGGCCUGUGCAUUUGGAGUUUGCAUGUUCUCCGUGUGGGAACUCCAGCUUUUCUCUCCACGUUUAGAAACAUUGCAUUUCGUUUAGUUGGCUGCUAUAAAUGUUCCCCAUGUGAUAAGCCGCUUCGUCUGGAUAAUGUGGCCAGGUCGCUUCCAAAGAAAAACAGCUCUCAGCUCGGUGGGACUUAGCUGCUAAAAUAAAACAAGAUUUGCUGGGCUGACCUGAUGUUGGAGGGAGCGGGCCAAGCCCUUACACCAUCUUAGUGACAAAGAUUUGACUGCGUUUAUGACCGAUGAUGAAAUCCACACUAAAGGAUUAACAUUUCCGCAGCUUACAAAAAUAACGAUUAGGAGCAGUUAUUGCCCCUUUGAGCAAAUUAUGGAGCGUAGGGCGAUCGCGAAAGAAGCCACUGCCGCCAGUUUGGCAACGAUUCUUUGCCGUUGUGUAAUCCCGAUUGAUUGAUGUGCGGGUCGUUUUCUUUGUUGACAAUUUGGCAAGAAUUGGACCGUGACGACGCGGGGGCCUUUAACUACCCGUUGUGACAUCCACAGCACUGCCAACGACGCACAGGACUUCAUGGCGGAUGCACGCGCCGCGGUAUUAACCAGGGCGGGCUGCCGGAUUGGAAACCACGAAACCUCCACACAGCCAGUCGUUGAACGAAUGUUGUGGUCGAUUAGACCUUAUAAACAACAACAAAAUGCUGAUUGAAAUGGACACUGGGUCCUCUGCAAGUCCAAGCUGAUCCAUGAGAGGGGUCCUCUUUUGAGACUAACUUUUGCUGUUGAUUUCGAUUUAAAGCUUUCGUGACUGCAGGGAUUCAUCUUCUUGGUUCUUUCGGUAAAGUCACGUAGAAGGGAAGUAAUAAAAUAAUACAAAUAAAACAUAAUAAAAUAAUUCUCACGACGUUUCGGCCACAGACCUGGUUUUCACCUGAGGACGGCUGCUUGCGUUGUGGCUGAAACGUCGUGAGAAUUGUUUUAUUAUGUUUUUUUUAUUUUUAUUUUAUUACUUCCCUUCUACGUGACUUUACCGAAAGAACCAACAAUAUUUUGCUGUUGAUAUUUAGUCCGACGAUUUGCAUUAUAUUCGCUCGAACCUGUGCAAGUGCGCGCGCGUUUUCCCUUGGUCCGAGUACAAGGGUGUAAGAUAGUACAAUUUUCUUGUUACCCUAGCAAUAUGCGGGAUAUGACAAUCAACUAUUUAAACGUCCACUUUAUACUGAAAAGAUUUUUGCGCGGAGAGAAAGUGCGACGGGUUAGAAAAAAGUACUUUAUUCUGUUGCCAAACCAGGUACUUAGUGAGCGUUGUGAUGCAAUCAAUACUUUUUUGAGUAGCUGCGUUUGCCUGUAAGACGAGUUGUAAACACACACACACGCGCACAAUAAGAUGGCAGGACAAAGAACUGAGAUGAGGGGUUAUCCCUCCACUUACUGUAUUAUUCACGCACUGUAUCCGGGUUUAUACGGAGAAUUCCCGCACGGCUAGGCAGCGCACCUCAAGAAAGUUCAGCAUCAACGUCUGCCCCCUCAGGGACCGUGCCAUUACGGUCGCGCGCGGCGUUCCGCUACUUAGAAAAAGUGUUCACGAAUAGGUGACCCGCGUUGUAUCGUGGACACGCGUUAAGCGAGGACUUGCUGUACUUUCACGGGCCGCGCUACUGCUGUUCAACAACACCGAGGAUGCUGCCUUUCGUUUCGUUCUACGGUGCAGGUUUUCACCGCUGCUUUCCAAUGUUUUUUUCCCCUCCUCCCCCUCCGUGUGUUGCGCGACGUUUCUAACUCCACCAGCCGAGAGCUUCAGGAGAUUGCGGCGCGGUGCUACGUCUUUUCACAAACGUCCGUGGCCUUAUUACUGCCGUUGAAGGCUUUGUGGCCUCGGGUUGGCGGCAGCCUUUGGGUUCUGUCGUCGUGAGUCUCAGGUCUGGCAUGGUCCUCGACAAUACAUUUCUGCACCGGGCAAAAACCCGCGUCCACUGUGUGACUCUGUCUCGCUAUUGCUGUGCCUUCCGCAAAGUCGCACACCCCACAGACGCUGGUCCACCAGCGGACCUGCAAAAUAUG